AUGUAUGUGUGGGAUCAGUGCAAGGGGAUGACGAUGAUACUUGAUUUGCUUAAAGAAGCAUUUGCUCAUGCGAAACUGCCACAGUCAUUUAGUGAUAUGAAGAAGGUGAUUCGCAAGUUAGGUCUUACAUCUGAGUCAAUUCACGCAUGCCCCAAUAACUGUAAGUUAUACUGGGAAGCAAAUGCAGAAAGGGAAACUUGCAUAGUCUGUGAUGAGUCUAGGUGGAAGAAAAACAAUUCUUCUGCAAACAGUGAUGGUAAGCUUGGACAUCCUAGGGACGGACUGGCUUGGAAAGCGUUUGAUAUACAGCAUCCUAAAUUUGCAGCUGACCCAAGGAAUGUUCGACUUGGCUUGGCUUCCGAUGGCUUCAAUCCAUUUGGAACAACGAGUUCAAGUUACAGCAUAUGGCCGGUGGUCUUAUUUCCAUAUAACUUGCCGCCGUGGAUAUCUAUGAAGCAGACAUCGAUUAUUCUUUCAAUGAUUAUUCCUGAAAAGUAG